AUGCAAGUACAGAAAACCACAAGAAGCGCUUUGAAGAAGUCACUCAAAAUAGAAAGAUUUCCUGAAUUUGUUCAUUCCAAGAUUACUUCAUAUCGGAAAGGUUGUAAGGUCUGUAAACUGAAAAGGAGCACUUCAGGAGGAAAUCUUAGGGUAAAUAAGACCUCUGAGAAGUUAAAGACUAGCCCUAGAGGUCAGUUUAAUGCUCAUUUGUUGAUUAGCCCUCCAAAGGUAUUGAAAUAACAAGGGAGUGCAGGUUUCUACUACUCUAGAGGGACCUUCAAAAGAUCUCUUAAUAUCUAAAAUAGAAAUAGCCAUCCAGUCUUAUAAGUCUGAAGUUGAUAUUUUAAAGCGAAAGCAUAAUGCUGAGCUGAUGGAAAACUUGAGACUGGUCGAGGACCUCCAUAGAACAAUCGAAGAAAUCUCUAGAGAGAACACAGAGAAGGACAGGUUCAUCAACCAAUUGAAAUAACAACCUUGAAUUGAUGGAAGACAAGGUAAAUGAAAUGACCAAACAAAGGGAUAACUGGAGGAACGAAGUAGACCUCUUUAAGAAUUAUGAAUACGCCUCCAUAUCUGAGUUGCGCAAGACCAUGGAAGAUACGGAUGACUAUGAAACCCAAGUCCGUGAUUUUAAGGAUCAAAUAUUUGCCUUUCUAUUAACCGAAAGGAACCGAGGGAUGGAUAAAACUAGAGCUGAGUUCUAUAAGAGCAUUAUCAACCUCCUCAAGUUUGCUAAUGAUAGUGAGAAAGAGACGAAGUUCGAUCUCUCUUCACUGGUGAGCUAUUUCUCAACAGAAGGGAAAGAACAUUUUGGCCAAGAUUAUCAAUUCCAUAAUUUUGAUCAUGACGAAAAGUAUCAUGUUAAAGCUGAGUCCGAUUAUUAUGGAGACUUUCGCAAAAGUACUGAGAAGGAUAAUAAGAGCGAGACUGGCAUAGUCUCCUUUCAGAAAGGCUAUAAAAGAAUGAACAGCCAGGAAUCUGCCAACUUCUUGAGUAUUAAUGAUGCAGCCUGACUUACAGAGAUAGGCUCUACUACUUCGAAGAAAAUGAAGAAAAAGAAAAAUAAAAGGACUAAACUCUUGGAGGAAAAAGUUAGAGAUUUAUCAAAUACUGUCACAAAGCAAAAAGCUGAAGUAGAGACUCUUCAAAGUAAAUUGAAGGAAAGCUCUGUAAAAGCUCCUAAAGGGCUCCAGACUAUCAAAAAUAUGGCUUCACUUGAAAGGUCUAGUAAUAUACGUACGACUAAAAGGUUUCACUCUCCGGUAUCUUUGCUAUCUUCCUCUCCAAGGGAAACCCGUAUUCCUCCUCCUUCUUGUGAUGAAGCUCUGCUUCAGUAUGUUCAUCUGUUAUCAAAGUGAACAGAGGAGAGUAUUGAAGAGCGUAGAACUAUCCGUAAAUCCACUGGAUUUCAGCACCUGAGCGCUUUCAGUCCUAGAAGUUAAUUCAAA